CUACAGUCUUUUUGAGAGGUUCCUGGUUUGACUCACAAUAAAUUGAUCCACUCUCCCAUGAUGAAUCGUGUGUGUCCGGGGCUUGUCCUACGCCCUAGAGCCUUUGGUUGCUGGAAAGAACAGGAUGGAUCUGGUGCUGAGAAAAUGCCUUCUCCAUGUGGCUGUGAUGGGUGCUCUUCUGGCUGUGGGGGCCACAGAAGGACCCAGAGACCGGGACUGGCUUGGUGUCUCAAGGCAGCUCAGAACUAAAGCAUGGAACAGGCAGCUAUAUCCAGAGUGGACAGAAAGCCAGGGGCCUCACUGCUGGAGAGGUGGCCAGGUAUCUCUGAAGGUCAGCAAUGAUGGGCCUACACUGCGUGGGGCAAACGCCUCCUUCUCUAUUGCCCUGCACUUCCCUGAAAGCCAAAAGGUGCUGUCAGAUGGGCAGGUCAUCUGGGCCAACAACACCAUCAUUAACGGGAGCCAGGUGUGGGGAGGACAGCCAGUGUAUCCCCAAGAACCUGAUGAUACCUGCAUCUUCCCCGAUGGGAGGGCCUGUCCGUCUGGCCCUUCACCUCAGAGAAGAAGCUUUGUUUAUGUCUGGAAGACCUGGGGCCAAUACUGGCAAGUUCUCGGGGGCCCAGUGUCUGGACUGAGCAUUGGGACAGGCAAGGCAGUGCUGGGCACACACAUCAUGGAAGUGACUGUCUACCACCGCCGGGGGUCCCAGAGCUACGUAUCCCUCGCUCACUCCCGCUCAGCCUUCACCAUUACUGACCAGGUGCCCUUCUCUGUGAGCGUGUCUCAGCUGCAGGCCUUGGAUGGAAUGAACAAUCACUUCCUGAGAAAGCAACCUCUGACCUUUGCCCUCCGGCUCCACGACCCCAGUGGCUAUUUGGCUGGGGCUGACCUCUCCUACACCUGGGACUUUGGAGACAGUACUGGGACCCUGAUCUCUCGGGCACUUGUGGUCACUCACACUUACCUAGAGUCUGGCCCAGUCACUGCACAGGUGGUGCUACAGGCUGCCAUUCCUCUCACUUCCUGUGGCUCCUCCCCAGUUCCAGGCACCACAGCUGGACAUGUGCCAACUGCAGAAGUCGUGGGCACUACACCUGCUCAGGUGCCAACUGCAGAGCCCUCUGGAACCACAGCUGUGCAAGUACCAACUGCAGAGGGCACAGGUACCACAGCUGGCCAAGUGCCUACUGCAGAAGUCGUGGGCACUACACCUGCUCAGGUGCCAACUGCAGAGCCCUCUGGAACCACAGCUGUGCAAGUACCAACUGCAGAGGGCACAGGUACCACAGCUGAGCAGGUACUAGCCUCAGAAGUCAUAAGUACCACACCUGCAGAGAUGCCAACUGCAGAGGCCAUAGGUACGACACCUGAAGUGUCAACUGCAGAACCCUCUGGAACCACAGUUGCACAGGUAACAACUACAGAGCUGGUGGAGACCACAGCUGGAGAGGUACCCACCCCUGAGCCUGACAGUCCAGAUGCCAGCCCAUUCUUGUCUACAGAAGGUAUUACAGGCUCCCAGAGCCCCCUGCUGGAUGACACAGCCACCUUAAUCCUGGUGAAGCGACAAGUCCCCCUGGAUUGUGUUCUGUAUCGAUAUGGCUCCUUUUCCCUCACCCUGGACAUUGUCCAGGGUAUUGAGAGUGCUGAGAUCCUGCAGGCUGUGCCAUCCAGUGAAGGAGAUGCAUUUGAGCUGACUGUGUCUUGCCAAGGCGGGCUACCCAAGGAGGCCUGCAUAGACAUCUCAUCGCCAGGGUGCCAGCCCCCUGCCCAGCGGCUGUGUCAGCCUGUGCCACCCAGCCCAGACUGCCAGCUGGUUCUGUACCAGGUACUGAAGGGCGGCUCGGGGACCUACUGCCUCAAUGUGUCUUUGGCUGAUGCCGACAGCCUGGCAAUGGUCAGCACCCAGCUUGUCAUGCCUGGUCAAGAAGCAGGCUUCGGGCAGGCUCCCCUGUUCUUGGGCAUCUUGCUGGUAUUGAUGGCUUUGCUGCUUGCAUCUCUGGUAUAUAGGAGAAGACGUACAAAGCAGGGCCGAGCUCUCCCCCUUCCCCAGCUGCCACCCGGCAGAACCCAGUGGCUACGUCUGCCCUGGGUCUUCCGUUCUUGCCCCAUUGGUGAGAGCAGCCCCCUCCUCAGUGGGCAGCAGGUCUGAGUACUCUCACGUGAUGUCAUGAUUUACCCAGCGUGGACAGCAAUGCCUAUCUUUUCUCCAGUCUUCCCUUGGAAACUACCAUUGCCUGAAAUAAAGACUCAGAACCUGGA